GGACCCAAAAACCACUGCCAAGGUUCGUCAGAAAAAGGCUUUCUUUUUUGCCAUGCGCGGAUAUGCCGCAUUACCUGAACGCCACCGGCAAGACUUUGAGAUUUCCACACCUAAUCCCUACCUCGGUACCUUCUUGCUAGGUAUCUGGUAUACCAAUGCCGUACUCCAUUCACCUCGCUUAACUAUAGAUACGAAAGAAGAGUUUCAAUUCGUUAAAACAAUGUUAUGCGUAGCCAUAAACUAAACAACCUGGCGCAAGAAAAUGCUAACCGAGUUUGCGAUUUUUCGGACAAGUCCACGGCUGAUCAACCGCCUGGUUGGCUUCUAUGCUCGAGCUUGCUUGUCUGGAGACAAACAUUGUUAUAUCUUUAUGCCGAUAUUACUGACUCUAAAAUACCUUGAAUACUUUAUCUACGAAUUAGGUGACCCAGCCAAAGUUUGAGAGCAUGGAAAGCAACCGACGAUGCGACGUUGCCUGAACAGAUUGAUAUGGCUUGGCUACACAAGUAGUAUCCAGGCGGGGAGCCAACGCCGAUAGCGCACCAAGCCUUAUCUAGGGCACAUAUCUACAGAAUAUGUCAGCAAGUGAGGUCGAUAAAUUUUAGUCAGGUAGGUAUGGACUAGGAUCCCUGACUCUGUCAAAAGAGUCACAAACAUCCCUGAAAGGCCCUGAAAUACUACCAUACGACUUGGAGAAAUCGUCAUAUUUAAACACCAUACGGAAAAAUUUACUGUCUGCGCUGGUUAAAUUUCUUGUCGCCUCUAGUUCUGGUCUUGGGCCAUGCGCAGUUGGAAGAGAAGUAGAAGUAACAAGAUAGCUACUUCUUGGCCAAGGUGAAAUUUCUUUCCAGCAGCCCUAUCCCGAAAAAAAAAAGCCUCACCAAACAAGGCCCGCAAAACUCUUCUGUGCGCAGCCGCAAGGAUGGAUGUCGAAAAGGGAAGAGUACCAGACAACAAUGUCAUCGCACCAGCGUCUGACCAGGAGAGCGUGCGACCAGAGUCGGGCUCUCGGGCGGGGCGGAAAUUAGGGCCCGAGGGUUCAACCGGCCGGGGCAGCGCAGGCUUUCUACCAAGUAUACUCCGGUUUCUCAACCGGGCCGAGGCUCGAGGAAUCGCCCCCGUGCCCGUCGAGGAACGGACGGAAAAAAGGGCUAUUAACGUGUUUACCCUAUGGUGGACUAUGAACGCCAACAUCCUCGCAAUCACAUUUGGCAUGUUGGCGCCAUCUUUUGGCCUGGGUUUGCGUGAUGCAUCGCUUGUUAUCAUUUUUUUCUCCCUCUUGACCGCUGCUCCGACGUCCUAUCUGUCCACUCUGGGUCCCAAGACGGGCAUGCGGCAGAUGGUCCAAGCCAGAUAUAGCUGGGGACGCUAUCUUGUUACCCUGCCUGUGAUCCUGAACCUGGCAACCCUAACCGGGUUCUGCGUCGUGAUGGCAGUCAUCGGGGGCCAAUGUCUGUCCGCCGUGGCCGGCGAAGGCUCUCUGACGCCAAACGUCGGAAUCGUCAUCAUGGCCCUGCUUUCACUCUUCAUAUCCUUCUGCGGCUUUAGGGUACUCCACUACUAUGAGAGGUGGGCGUCCAUCCCUGCCGUCAUCGCCAUCAUAGUUGCGACGGGCUGCGGCGGCGAGGGUUUGAAGCUGCAGUCAACCCCGCCUGUCACCACCGUUGCUGCAGUGUUCUCGUUCGGCAUGAUUGUGGCGUCAUACAUGAUCCCCUGGGCCGCUUUGGCCUCGGACUUUACUACGUAUCUGGAACCUUCGACAUCCGCCAUCAUAAUUUUCGUAUACAGCUUCGUAGGCCUGGUAACCCCACCAGUGCUACUCAUGAUCCUCGGAGCUGCGAUCGCCGGUGCCGUCCCGUCAAACCCCACAUGGGAGGCCGGAUACGAUCGUAACCUGGUCGGCGGUGUGCUCGACGCCAUGCUCACCCCUGCCGGCGGGUUUGGCAAGUUCCUCGUAGUCGUGCUGUCAUUUAGUCUGCUGGGAAACCUUUCGGCGACGUCGUACUCGGUCAGCUUGAAUCUGCAGCAGCUCUUUGCACCGUUGACGCGUGGCUCCGAGAUCCUCAAGCGCGUACCGCGUUACGCCUACACGAUUUUGCUCACGGCGCUCGUCAUCCCCAUCGGCAUUCGCGCCGCGCAGGACUUUUUCGUCAGCCUGGAGAACUUUCUCGGCCUGAUCGGCUACUGGAGUGCCGCCUUUGUGUCUCUGCUAAUGGUAGAGCAUCUCUGGUUCCGUGGCGGCGAUUGCGCCUCGUACGAUCCGGCCAUUUGGAACGACGGCGCCCGCCUUCCCAUUGGAGUCGCCGCGCUGGUAUCCUCGGUCCUGAGCUUCCUUUUGGUCGUGCCCUCCAUGUCCCAGGUCUGGUGGACAGGUCCCAUCGCUCAGGUCACGGGAGAUCUUGGGUUCGAGUUUGCCUUUGUGGUGACGGGGUUGCUAUAUGUGCCUUUUAGGACGUUGGAGAAGCAUUUGACCAAGCGUUAAAGGAGAGGGUUGUGAAACCCUCAUGAUGGAUUUCUUGAGUGGAGCUUUGUUGUUGGUUCUUUCAGAGCAUAUAAAAGCCUGGGAUUAACCAUGGUUGCGAAUAUGAUGGCAUUCUUCAGUUGUUUUCCAGGGGCUUCACUACCUACUAGACACACAAUUCUAGUACCGACCGGUAAAGUUUGAAAGUUUAUUUUUAGGUACGUCUCUUUCAGAUCAAGUCUGAACAUCGGAUCAACUUUCGGCACUAUGUUCAAAGAAUCGCAGGUCUGGUGCUGGCAUAUCACAAACAAGUCAAGCCUAAGGUCAACUUUCUCAUUGAGGCGUGCAUGCUCUUUAUGAACACACAGACGGCUACUCAAAACGGCUGGGUCUCCCCAGAUCAAGCCAGCACGGCAGCAAGACGCUCACAGACAAAGUCGACACCUUCCUUCCCUUUUUGCAACACAGCAUCCAUCACAAUAAAAGGGUGCGGAACCCCCUCAAAGACCUUAACCUCGGCGUCUACGCCCGCAGCCCGCAGCCUCCUCGCGUACUCCUCGCCCUCCCACCUCAGCACGUCCAGGCCAGCGACGACGACCAGCGCGGGCGGCAGCUUGGCAAAAGUAUCGGCGUCGGCGAGCAGCGGCGACGCCUCGACCGAGGACCACUCCCCCUGGUCGGGGAGGUAGUGCCGCCGGUACCACAGCAUCUUGUCGACGGGCAGCGCGGCCGUGUGCUCGUACUCUGCGUACGUCGGGCUCGUCUCCAUCGAGGCAGUAUUGUCCAUAACCGGCACGACGAGCAGCUGGAACUUGAACCCCGCGGCAAACGCCUCGUGCCGGAGCGCCUUGUGCGUCACCACGGCGGCGAGGUUCCC